CUGGGGCUGCCCUCCCCGGCUCCCGGGCUGUGCCCUCUGGCCCCGCAGGGCUGGCAAGGGCCGGGCCGGACACCGUUCCUUCCUCAUUUUGCUGCUGAUCCCGGUCCCGAGGAAACAGGUCAGGCCUUCCCCCCCUCCAGCUCUCUCUGGCCACAGCUGCCUCCUGAGCGCUGCAGCCGGCGCCGGCCGGUGGAGGGAAGGGGAGGAGGCCUGGCCGGGGCUCCUGGCUCCUGGCUCCUGGCCCUCGGGCAGCCCUGCCUGUGGCCACAGCGCCAGCGUCGUCGCCGGCGGAGACCCGAGGAUGAUGCCCCAGCUGCAGUUCCGAGAUGCGUUUUGGUGCAGGGACUUCACGGCGCACACGGGCUACGAGGUGCUGCUGCAGCGGCUGCUGGAUGGCAGGAAGAUGUGCAAGGACGUGGAGGAGCUGCUGAGGCAGAGGGCCCAGGCGGAGGAGCGUUAUGGGAAGGAGUUGGUGCAGAUCGCACGGAAGGCCGGCGGACAGACGGAGAUCAACUCCCUGAGGACGUCCUUUGAGUCCCUGAAGCAGCAAAUGGAGAACGUGGGCAGCGCACACAUCCAGCUGGCGCUGGCCCUGCGGGAGGAGCUGCGUGGCCUUGAGGCGUUCCGGGAGCGGCAGAAGGAGCACAGGAGGAAGUACGAGGCCGUCAUGGACCGUGUCCAGAAGAGCAAGCUGCUGUUCUACAAGAGGGCCAUGGAGUCCAAGAAGACGUAUGAGCAGAAGUGCCGGGACGCCGACGACGCCGAGCAGGCCUUUGAGCGUGUCAGCGCCCAGGGCCACCAGAAGCAGGUGGAGAAGAGCCAGAACAAAGCCCGGCAGUGCAAGGACGCGGCCACUGAGGCAGAGCGCCUGUACCGCCAGAGCAUCGAGCAGCUGGAGAAGGUGCGGGGCGAGUGGGAGCAGGAGCACCGGACCACCUGCGAGGCCUUCCAGCUGCAGGAAGCCGACCGGCUGACGAUCCUGCGCAACGCCCUGUGGGUGCACUGCAACCAGCUCUCCAUGCAGUGCGUCAAGGACGACGAGCUCUACGAGGAAGUGCGGCUGACGCUGGAGAGCUGCAGCGUAGACGCCGACAUGGACGGCUUCAUCCAGGCCAAGAGCACGGGCACCGAGCCCCCAGCUCCGGUGCCCUAUCAGAACUACUACGACCGGGAGGCCUCCCCGGCAGGCGGGAGCCCCGGCGUGCCACCAUCCUGCGGCAUGAUUAAGAGGUUCUCCGGGCUGCUGCACGGAAGUCCCAAGGCCACAUCAUCGGCAGCUCCUGCUGAGCCCCUGAGCACCACCCCUGAGGUGAAGGAGGGGGUCUACGCGGCCAUCGAUGUGAAGGAGCCGCCAGGAAACGCCACCGCACCAGCCCGGGAGUACCGGGCCCUCUACGACUACACGGCACAGAACUCUGACGAGCUGGAUAUCUCUGCGGGCGACGUCCUGGAGGUCAUCCUGGAGGGGGAGGACGGCUGGUGGACAGUGGAGCGGAACGGGCAGCGUGGCUUCGUCCCGGGGUCCUACCUGGAGCAGCUCUGAGGGAGGGGAAUAAAGGCGUGCAC